UGGUAAUUCCUGCAUGGCGACUUCGUGAGUACAACUCACGGGCACUCACGGGUAAAUAACGCGAAUAACAAGUAAAACAAUUGUUAUUUAGUGUUUACAAGAUGUUGAAAUCAGUGAUAAGUGCAUUGAGACCUUCAUUAAUGGAGAGAGUUUGUUGUCAAUCACCAUUGACGCAUAAACAGGUGUUGAUGGUGCCAGUUGUCUCAAGAUUUUUCCACAUAACCUCAUAUUUACCGAAAGAAGACAGGAGAAAUCAGAAUAAAAAUAUGCCAAGGAGGGAUGAGGGUACCCAGGGGGAGACUGGGAUUGAGAUUGACACUGUUGUGAGCAAGUCAGACAUAUUCCCUGACGAGAAUUUGCCGAACAGGCUUUUCAAUGGGAUACCCUUCAAGGAAAUUCCUAUUAUCAAUGUCAAGUGCUCGAAAAAUAAUACUCUGAUUUCUUUGACUGACCAUAAAGGAGUUGUUCAAAUAUAUCACACGUGUGGAGCUGAGGGAUUCACAGGUGCCAGGAGAGCCACGAAUGUAGCAGCUCAGGCAACAGCCAUCAGCGUGAGUGCUAAAGCACUGGAACAGGGUUUUCAAACUGUGAGAGUCAGAGUGAGAGGUCUUGGACCGGGCAGAAUGGCAUCACUCAAGGGUCUCCAAAUGGGAGGAAUGAAUAUAAUAUCGGUGACUGAUAAUACGAGAGUCACGUGGACACCGUUGAGGCCGAGAAAAGCGAGGAGAGUGUAGAGUAGAACUUAUUAAAUAUACAAAAAAAAAUGUUUAAAAUGAUAACUAAAAUGA